AUGUCUUCAUCCACGCCCGCGUCACGGACGUACACCGACGCCCUCAACCUCCUAAACACCCUCAUCCCCAACCUCAAAAUCCACGCCCUCUUCGGCAAACCCCAGGACGCCAAGCCCCAAAAUGCCGCCCCGAAACCCCCGGCCUCCGACCCGAACCUCCUCGCCCUCCCCGAGAUGCGCGCCUGGCUCCUCCGCGCGUCCUUAACCCCCCAGCGCCUCUCCUCCCUCUCCUACAUCCAUAUCGCCGGCACAAAAGGCAAAGGCUCCGUCACAACCCUGACAACCUCCGCCCUCCUCUCCUCUUCCCAGUCCGGCCGCGUGGGGACCUACACCUCCCCCCACCUCGUCACCCCGCGCGAGCGCAUCGCCGUCGACGGCCGCCCCGUAUCCCAGGUCCUCUUCGCGGCCUCCUUCUUCGAGCUCUGGGACCUGCUCUCCGCCGCCCCCGCCGACGAGGCCCUUGGCAUCGAAGCCGGCUCCAAGCCCUUCUACUUCCGCUUCCUCACCCUCCUCGCGCUGCACAUCUUCCUCAAGGAGGGCGUGCGCUCCGUCGUCGUGGAGUGCGGCAUCGGCGGCGAGUACGACGCAACCAACGCCAUCCCGCCCGCGGCCGUCACGACGGGCGUCAUCACCCAGCUCGGCAUCGACCACGUCGCCAUGCUCGGCGACACGCCCGAGAAGAUUGCGUGGCACAAGGCCGGCAUCAUGAAGCCCGGCGUCACGACCUUCACGAGGCGCCUCGAUGAGCAGCCCGGCGUGAUGGAGGUCCUCCACACGCGGGCGCGGGAAAUCGGGGCGAACCUGGUGGAGGUCGCCGACGAAGAGGUCACGGCGUGGGGGGGCGUGCCGGGCGCGAAGCUGCCCGGCGGAGACUUCCAAAAGAGGAACCAGGCCCUCGCCGCGCUUGCUGCGAGGCAUCACUUGCGCGUCCUCGAGGGCCGGGAGACGGGGACAGAGGAGCACAAGCUGCGGGAUGUGCCGGAGCCGAUCAUCGCGGGACUGCGGGAGGCGACGUUGCGGGGCCGGCACGAGGUCAUGGAGCGGGGCAACGUAUCUUGGUACCUCGACGGCGCGCACAACACCGAUAGUCUGGCCGAGGUGGCGCGCUGGAUAUCGCCCGUCGCUGCGGAUGCGGACUCCAAGUUCGUGCUCGUUUUCAACCAGCAAGAGCGGGACGCCUCGGAGCUCCUCCUGGGCCUCCUGAAGGAGAUGAAAGCCGCGGGCGUGGACCUCGAGUCUAGACUAAGCACCGUCAUCUUCACGAGGAACGACAAGACCAGGAUUGCAGAGGACGUGGACCUCACUGUCCAGGAGAAGUGCGCGGCGGCGUUCAAGGAGGCGUAUCCCACCGCCGAUGCCCUGGUAUGCAAGGACCUGACAGAGAUGAAAAGCGCCAUGGACGCCACCGCCGCCGCGCAAAACACCACGACACCCAAAACCAGGGUUCUCGUCACGGGGAGCAUGUACCUCGUCGGCAACGUCAUCGGCCUGUUGGAGCCGGAAGGUCUAUUAUAA